AUGCUCUUCGGGCGGGGCUUUUGGGCCGCCCUGUGGCAGUGCGCAAGCGUGUACUACGCCUGCGCCGCGCUCCUCCACUUUGUGGUGCCCCAGAUCUUCCCCGUAAGGCGCAUCCAGUCGGCGGAAAGGAAGCGGGGGGAGGUGGAACGGGAUGCCUUCUGCAGCCUAGGCCCUAUAAUUCUGAAGGCAGGAAUAUGGACAAUUGUGGAAGUACUGCAUGAUCGUGGGCUUGGCAAGCUGUAUGACGGCCCUGUGAACUCGCUUCUGGGGAUCUCCUAUUUGCUGUUCGUCAUUCUACUGCUGGACGUACUGCACGACACGUGGUUCUACUGGACACACCGAUUGCUGCAUUGGAAGCCCCUCUACACCCAUGUUCACUACAUGCAUCACCGGUCACGAAGCCCGACUGCCUUUACUGGGUACAGCUUUCACAUCAUCGAGGCCGCGAUUGUGUUUGCAAACGAAAUUAUCGUGUGCUUCCUGUUCCCAAUUCAUGUGGAGCUGCAUCGGGCAUACCACAUGGUUACAAGCAUAAUACAUCAAGGUGGGGAAGCGCCUCUCAAAACAUGUACAUCUGCUGCAUCCUUUGUGUGA